AUGAGCCUGACAACUGGGGCCGAGAGGGAGGAUGAUUCUCGCUGGACCCGAAAGAAGCCCAUCGUGCUGCGCCAGUCCGGAGGCUUCACGAUCGGCGGCAAGGUCGUCCCGCACCCUCUGAAUCCCAACAUGACGCUCUCGUGCGAUCACGGCUAUGUAGAGUACUUCCACCCGUGGCGGCCGCGUCGGACGAGCAUUGUCAUGUGGCACAGCUCCAGCACGCAGGUCUUCCAGAACCGGUGGGACGGCGGCGAAGGGUUCAAGGACAUGUUCCUGCGCCGCGAGUAUCCGGUCUAUCUCUGGGACGGGCCCCGGGUCGGCCGGGCGAACUGGGCCUGUAACGCCACGUACUACGUCCCCGAGUACCGCGACCAGAGCAACUUUGUGGCGUGGAACUUUGGCCCGCGGUUCAAGGAGUGGUGGCCGGUCGUGCAGUUCCCGACGGAGAGCGAGCACGCGUGGCAGCAGGCGACGAGCUCGCGCUACGUCGAGUACGACUCAGAGGCGAGCGUGAGGCUGGAGACGGACGCGGCGGCCGUCGCGGCCGACUCGGGCCGGCUCGGCACCAGCAUCGUCUACCUCACCAACUCGGCCGGCGGGCUGCGCGCCCAGAUGACGGCCGUCAAGAGCAACACGACCAACAUCAAAGCCAUCGUCUGCUACGAGAGCUUCGGCUACGUCUUCCCGGACAACGCGGGCGUCGAGCCCGGCGCCGGGCUCAACCCCUUUGGCCCGAUCGUGGUGCCUGUCGAGGAAUUCAAGAAGCUGGCCAAGGUGCCUGCGAUCCAGUUCUUGUGGGGCGAUCACCGAGACGACAGCCUCGUCGCCCUCAACCAGUCCAAGCAGGCCGCCGCAUUGAUCAACCAGUACGGCGGAAAUGCCGAGGUCGUCAUGCUGGGCCGAGACAAGGGCCUGAAGGGGACUACGCACAUUGCGUUUGCGGAUCUGCACAAUGAGAAGGUGGCGGACCUGCUGGACGAGUUCCUGCAUGACAACAAGCUGGAUCGUUAUCACUAG